AGUACGCAAAAAGGGGCGGGGUGUAGAACGCGUUCUACCAUGGAUCUUCUGGGUUCUAUCAUGGGCUCCAUGGACAAGCCACCUACCGCCUCCGAGCGGGAGAAAAAGAUGAAGAAAGCGCUGCAGGAAAAGGCCGAGAAACGUCUCGAAGCCGAGCAAAAGCGGCGAGCAAAGUUCCGGACGGAGGUCGAAAAAAAGGUGAAGGAGCUUUUGUCAGAUGGCGAUAAGAAAGAACUGCCUUUUCCAAAGGUGCCCAAAGUCUACAGAGCCAUCCUACAUGAUGUAGCUGAUGCAGCCGGUCUUUUUUCUCACUCGGUCGGCGAUGGAGACGAGAAGGAUGUCAUCAUUACGAAGGAGCCCCAUACUCCAGAUGUCAGUAGCAAGACCCAGUCGACCACUGGCAAUGCAGACGGUGCCUCUUCCCUACCUCCAACAAGGACUGGCGAAACCACACCCACUGCCACACUUCCUUCCAGCGACUAUCGGCAGAAAUACAGGCACCUGAUUGGAGGACUCGAGUGUGCCGAGAAGACAGCUGUCAAAAUGGAGCCCAACAGAACCUUUGGAUACGUUCCCAGUGCUAACAAGAGAGACCAUCGCUCGAUCGAGGAGACGAUGAACCAACUCCGAACCAAGAAGAAACCACGCCUUGACCCCGCCCUCCAUCCCUCCCCCUCCUCCCCACCCUCGUCACAGAGCUCAAAAACUUGAUAAGUGUGUCAAAAAUUUUUAAUGCAGGUAUAAUAUACAAUUACACCGUUUUCCUUACCAUUGUUGCCACUGUGAUGCAUCUCACAAUAAUUUUGUAAAUGACCUGAUUUUAUAAUACUAUAUAAGCUAUAGCAAACUUGCAGUGUUCUGCCUAUAUUAUCUUUUGCACACACCACACACACACACACACACAUACACGAUCAUAAUAUGUAAUAUUA